GAGCUUCCCCAAUAUCUCCAUGAGGCAGGCUGGUCUGCAGAUGGGAACAUCAUAGCAUGCACACAACCUCGUCGCGUUGCCGCGACGUCCGUCGCCGGACGCGUCGCCCAAGAGGUCGGGUCCACUAUCGGAGACGAAGUGGGCUACACGAUCCGCUUCGAGGACGUCAGCGACAAGGAGCGCACGCGAAUCUUGUAUAUGACGGACGGCAUGCUCUUUAGAGAGACUUUGCUAGACCCUCUCCUCAGCCGCUAUAGCGUCAUCAUGAUUGACGAAGCGCACGAGCGAAGCGUAUACACAGACCUGAUGCUUGGGAUACUGAAGAAGAUUCGCCGCAAACGACCCUCUCUACGCCUCAUAGUCUCCUCCGCGACGCUUGAUGCUACCUCCUUCCUCGAUUACUUCACCGCGGGUAACAGCCCUGACGAGGCGAUCAUCACAGCGUACUUGGCGGAGCCUGUUGCGGACUAUGUACGGAAGGCGGCAGAAGUAGUCUGGAAUAUCCACUUACAGCAAGGGAGCGGGGACAUCCUGGUCUUCUUGACGGGUCGAGAAGAAAUCGAUCGUUGCUUAGAAGAACUCGCCGAGAUGCUUCCCAGCUUGCCUCGAAAUUUCAUGCGGCUCCGGUUAUUGGCGUUACAUGCCGGUCUCACAACGGAUGAACAACUUGCAGUCUUCGAACCUGCGGAACGGGGGAGUCGAAAAGUCAUCGUUUCCACUAACAUUGCAGAAGCUAGUGUCACCAUCGACGGUAUCAAAUUUGUCGUCGAUUCUGGCUUCGUCAAGAUUCGCACCUACAACCCCACAACUUCCCUCUCCUCCCUCGUCCCCGUCCCCGUCUCGCAAGCAUCCGCCACUCAGCGCGCCGGUCGUGCAGGUCGUACCUCCUCCGGGAUCUGUUACAGGCUCUACCCCGAAAGCGCAUACGAAAAGCUCCCACUCACGACGCCUCCAGAAAUCACCCGUACUGAUUUGACGACGCCUAUACUUCAGCUGAAGAGCCUGGGCAUCGACGAUCUCAUGAAGUUCGAAUGGGUCUCGAGCCCGCCGGCUGAGAGUGUCUUGCGGGCUUUGGAAGGGCUGUACGCGGCUGGGAUGAUCGGAGAGGAUGGUCGGCUCACUGUAAUGGGAGAGAAAGUCGCGGAGUGUCCAGUCGAAGUUAACAUCGCGCGCAUGCUCUUCAUGUCGAAGGAACACAAAUGUGGCGAGGAGAUCCUCACCAUUGCUGCAAUGACUGCAGUACAGGACGUGUUUAUCAUUCCUGACGGCGCACCAGGUGCCCUGGCUGAGUUGGAGCGGAGGAAGUUCACGGCUGAAGAAGGGGAUCACUUAACAUUGCUGAAUGGUACGUCCCCCCAUCCACCAUACAACGCUUUCACUCGCUACGGUCGUUCGUCUUCCUGGUGCAAGUCUCACGCACUCUCCUUCCGGGCCGUGUCUCGAGCCGUGUCCAUCCGCUCGCAACUCAAGAAAUACAUGCAGCGCUUCAACCUGCCACUCGACAGCUGUGAGGGUGACGCGAAGCGCUUGCGGAAGUGCCUCGUCAGCGGCUACUGGCGAAACGGCGCACGCUGGGUUGCAGACGGGACAUAUCGCUCUGUCCGAGGCAAUGCGACCCUGCACGUCCACCCAAACUCUGUCUUGUUCACGCGCAAACCUCGCUCGGGCUGGGUCAUAUUCCACGAGAUGGAAGAAACGAAGAAGACUCAGAUACGCAUUCUGACCGAGAUAGAACCGGACUGGCUUCUCGAGUAUGGACACAAAUAUUACGACAAACGGACUGGUGCAAGUGUAUCCUCGUAG